AUGUCAGUUAACCCCUUCGUAUCAAUCCGAGCAUCGCCAAAUAGUACAGUGAAAGAAGGAGAUGAUGUGACCUUGACCUGUGAUGUAACCAAAGCCAACCCAACAGUUACUAGCUAUGUUUGGAGUAGAACUCGAGACAUAAACAAUGGCGUCCAUACCCAGGCCACAUAUACCAUUAAUCAGAUACAGGUGGAGCAGAAUGGGACAUACACGUGUUAUGCCACAGCACAGUCCAGUCGUCAUGGCAACCUGGUCGGAGAGAGCAGUGUGACUUUGACAGUUCAAUAUAGACCAACAGUCACGGUAACACUUAAGGGUAAUCCGGUGGCAGUGACCGAGGGGGAUGACGUCACGUUUCAAUGUGCUGCACAUGGCAAUCCUCCUGUAUAUACGGAUUAUAAGUGGACACAUAUUACAUUUGGUAGUCCUGAGUCUCAAGAAAUGUCAACUGGGAGAGAGUUGGUGUUGUCACGUGUCACAUAUCUAGACAACGGUGAAUACGUUUGCAGUGUUAGAAACAGCGUAGGACAAGGGCUGGGAAGGAAGAGGCUGGACGUAUUGUAUUCACCAAGCAUCGCGGUGGAAUCACGUAUAGUUGCUGCAUCUAUCGGCAAACCAGCAAUAUUGUCCAUCUCAGUUUCGGCCAACCCAGCCAAUGCUUCGUUUACCUGGAAGAAGAGUAACGGUGAUAAGAAAUUGCCUGUUGUAGGCGGUAUUGUCCUUACUGGUCCAAGUUCAUUGAAAAGUAAACUGUUUAUUCCCAGUGUACAAGGAAGUGAUUACGGACAGUAUGUGUGUACAGUUUCACACACAGUGGCUAGCCGGGAAUUUACUUUUGAGAUCAGACCAAAAGGACCCCCAGAAAGACCCACAGACUUCAGGAUAUUAAGCUGGACAUCAGUAUCAGUCACAUUAGCCUGGGUGUCCGGGUUUAACGGAGGCAGUAAUCAGUCAUUUCACAUUCAGUACAAGGAAACGUCUAGAACUCGGUGGCAAAAGGAUGAUCAACUCGUCGUCUCUGAUCCCGGUUACAUGAAGACAUCCAAGGCAAAAGUGCCCGACCUCAACCCAGCCACGUCGUAUGAUUUUCGUUUAGUUUCUAUCAACAAACACCCGUCCACCAACAGCAGUGGUUUUACUGGAGCUUUUACACAGAAAACAAAAGCCAGACCCAAAGUCCUAGAUGCUAAAUUAUCCGUCUCCAUCACGCCCACUGUGGCUACCGUCAGUUGGACAAUAUCGAGUGGAAUCGAGGACAUCACCAGCUACGUGGUUAAAUACUGUGAGAGAGGCACCGUGGUUUGUAACAGGCAGAGGGUGACAAACCGCACAGCUACAUCCAUCGUUAUAACACUAGAUGACGGAUUCCAGGACUACACGUUCUCACUGUUGAUUUAUGAAGAAGAUGAUCUGGUUAAGGUUUUAGAUCAACCCACAUCAGAGCCAUCCCAAGUCCAGUUUCAAGUGGGCGUGAUAGUUGGCAUUGUGGUUGCUGUACUCGUGUUGCUCAUAUUGGCUGUAAUAACUACAAUUGUUAUUCGUCGCUUUAGAAAGUCGAAAAGUGGAAGUGAGGUAGCUAACCGAGAGACAGCAGCGGCAGGUGGGAUAACUGAAAUGAAGAACCUAAACUCUCAACCGCAAGUGAGGCCCCCGGCCACGGAAAGCAGCAUCUAUGAAGUUCCUGACCAUCAAGCAAAUCAAACACCAAUCUACACAGAUCUACAGCCCCCUAGUGAUACACGAUGAGUCCUGACAAGAAAUGUUAAUAGCGGUAGUGAACGUGCAUACUUCUAGUGUGUGAACAUUGUUUUUCUUUUCCCGAUGAUUUGGCGACACUAAAAUAAAUAUCAGCAGACUUCCUUUGCUAGAUGAAAAUCGGUAAAACUUCGAAUAUUUAGAAUCUGUCUACUUUCAAUAAGAUAUCAUUUUUUUGCCAAUAACUAUAGAUAGCAUUUUGUCUUUUUUAUAAAAAAAU